AUGGUGAAAGCAGUUAUUUUCACAGACUUUGACGGCACGGUUACGUGGCAAGACUCCAACGAUUUCCUCACUGACACCAAGGGAUUCGGUAAGGAGGAAAGAACCAAAGUGUUUGAAGGCGUUCUAUAUGGCACCAAGACCUUUAGAGAUGGAUUCUGGGCCAUGUUGGAAUCGGUCAAGACUCCAUUCCCCGAAUGUGUUGAGCUGGUCGAGAAAAACAUUCAGCUGGACCCGGGUUUCAAAGACACUUUUGAGUGGGCCCAGGAAAACAAUGUUCCUAUUGUGGUUAUUUCCAGUGGUAUGCGUCCGCUAAUUAAGGGUCUUUUGAAAAAACUCGUUGGUCCUGAAGCUAUCGAAAAAAUCGAGAUUGUCUCGAACGAGGUCGAAAUCGAUGCCGAUGAGCAAUGGAGAAUCGUUUACAAGGACGACUCGCCCUUUGGUCAUGACAAGUCCAAGAGUAUCACCCAGUACAAGAAGAAAUUCGAAGCCAGCGGUGAAAAACCCACCUACUUUUACUGCGGUGACGGUGUUUCCGACCUGAGCGCCGCAAAGGAGUGCGAUCUUCUUUUCGCCAAGAGAGGCAAGGAUCUCGUUACUUACUGUAAACGCCAAAACGUUCCUUUCCGUGAGUUCGACACCUUCGAGGACAUCUUAGCCAGCAUGAAGGAGGUUUUGGCCGGCAAAAAGACUGUUGGUGAGUUGAUGCAAAAUUGA